CAGACAAGGGAGAGAAAGAGAGACGUCAUGUGACGCGUGGAGAGGGGGGACGUACACGUAGUUCGGGGCCGGGCGCUGAUUCUCUCCCUGAGGUGAGCAGCUCCGCACUUCCGCUCCAGGAUCUGCUCCUGCUCCUGUUCCCUCUCCGGCUCCGGUUCCUUCUCCCUGAGCACGGUCAAGAGGCGGAUCUCCUGCAGGACGCAGCAGACAUGACCAGUUUCGGGGGCGAUUUCAGCACGUACACCUUAAUGCAGCUCAACGAUCUGCUGGAAGAUGAGGACAAGCUCAGUAAGAUCGUGGAGGAAAUGCAGGAGGUGAGGGAGGUACAGCAGAGCAAGCAGAUGACCCUGGCAAGUAACCGCAGCCUGGCGGAGCAGAACCUGUUGCUUCAGCCCAGGCUCGACUGCCAGAAGAAUGAGCUCAUCAAGCGCUACUGCUGCCUGCAGGAGCUGUUUGAGGCCUAUCAGCUGCGCAGAUCCACCUUAGACCAAAAGUCUGGGAUCAACUCCCUGGACACCCUGCUUGCCCUGUUGCAGACCGAAGGAGCCAAGAUUGAGGAGGAGACAGAGAACAUGGCCGACUCCUUCCUGGGGGGCGAUGUCUCCCUGGACACCUUUGUCGAUGAGUAUCAGAGGCAGAGGAAACUGGCUCACUUGCGACGUGUCAAGAUCGACAAGCUGCAGGAGAUGGUGCUGAAGGGCCCCCGGCUGUCCCGGGGCCUGCCACAGGGGCCCCACCCGGAAGUCCAACCUAUGGGCGGCUCCCCCGCAUUGCAGUCCAAGAGGCUGCCUCCCCCUGCCCCAUCCCCGGUGACGGUGCCCCCCGAUCCUGUGGCUCUGCCAUACCCGGCUACCCCCUACCCCCCAAUCCCUCCGAGGGUAGGCUUGCCACCGCCUGGGGUCCCCCCAAUCACCUGCCCUCCCUCGAUGCCCUUCAUGCCCCAGUGCCCGCCAGCACUGCCCCCGCGGCCUGGCCCUCCCUUUACCCCUCAGCCCGGGUUCAUCCUCCAGUGAGAGGCCCAUCUCAUGGUGAUAGCUCAGUGUAUGCUCAGCGGCAUCACCCAGUGCUUAUCCAGGUGCAGCGGCUGCCACGGGAGAGUACCCAUCCGAACUUGACAGCCUGUGGUUGUUCCACUUCGCGCUCCCACCUGGGGUGAGGCGCCGUGCUUCAACUUUCCCAGGAUGCUCAGCCAUCUUUCUGUUUUGGGGAGAAACAGUCCCCCUCAGAUGGGUUUUAUAUACCUUAGUUUUUAAGACUUUUUACUUUGAAAAUGUUGGGAUGUAUAAUUUUCAGUUUUGCUGUUUACGCCGUAUGGGUGGAGAAAGGUAAAACAGUCCUUUUUUACCAGACUUCUCCAUUUUUAACUGGAAAACGCUGGUCUCAGGAGAGGGGCGGGCCCUGGGGGCGCUUAUGCAAAGCCAACAUGAAAAUCACACUGUGCCGAUAUCAGAAUCACGCACGUUUCUGAGAAGUUUCUCUUUACCAGGUUAGUUGCGUAAGCCUGCAGCCAAAGAUUUUUCUGAAUGGUUUUAUUACUUUGCUACUUCAAUUUGAAUUCAUACAGGCCCGAGUUGGAGGCUACAUUGUAACCUGCAGUUGGGUGAUGCGAGUCGCCCAGAGCAGCAGCUUGGUAAUUAGCCUGGCAAAUGAGCAGCAUCUCUGGAAGAGCCUUUGCUUACAACACGCAUUCCCACCCUUCAGCCUACCUCAGGGAUGUGCCGAGUACGGCACAGGCUGCAGAUGUGAGUGCAAAUGACCAGAACUUUCCGGCCGAGCGUGAUCGCACUACACAGAGGCCAGCGCAUCCUCAGUGACCAGCCCCUGUACCUUUGAUUAGCAUGCCGCUGCUCCCAGCUUUUUCGGAUCGGCGCAAGGGGAUCAUCCUGACCAGUAGGGGGCAGCAUAAGUGGUGCCACAGGCUACUCAGUGUCAGCCCUAGUGGGUAACACUGUGUACCUUAUAUGCAUGCACAAAGCGCUUCGACUCAGUGACACACAGAGCCCCCAAAGCUACCCUCCCUGCUUUCCAGUUGCAUCCCUGCAGUCACACGGCACAAUGCCGGCCCUCCAGUGAAAGGCCGAAGGACUGCUGGGCCCAUGUGAUGCCAUCAGCUAGGUGGCUUUGGCACUAAGCCUGUCCCCUAAGGCCUUUUUCCAUCCCUGCGUGACCCUCUGACCGGCCUGUCUGUGACCCCCUCGCUAUACUGAGUGCAUCCCUGCAGCUGAUGGCCCCUCGUGUUUCCGUGAGUUCUGUUUUCACGUGGCCCUGAACCAUAGCCUCUUAAAUAUUAUCCCAGGAGCUGAAUCCAUUUUUAUUUUUAUCUGCAGCUCCGACAAAACAUUACUCUGUUCCUCGGGUGCCGCCGGGCUCCUCCCCCAAUCACGCGGUCUGGGUGCUUGCAGGCUGGCUGACGCGUGAAGCGCUUGUGAUCCCGCAGGUCUGGCCCUGCAGUUUGCAGGGGGGGAGGCUCAUGCCCAGCUGAUGUUUUCUCUGCUGCGUUUGAGGCCUUGUGAACUUGGCCUCUAGGAAGCGCUAUAGUACCCCCCCCCACCAAGUCUUUAAACUCCUGCUCUGUUUUUGAGCCAUAGGGACAUGGGCUGGGGGGUGGCCACGGUGAGUCGGUCUUUCCAUCCCCCCAUCAGGAAUCCACCCUCACCUCUGGUGCUACUGAGGCCGCACAGUCACAGCCGGGGUGUGAUCGUCCGUCUCCGGAUCCACCCUUUUCUACACACCUUUUCCACUGAUAAUAACGCUGGUCCUGUCCCUGCACGAUGCGUACUUUGACCCGACCAGAGCGGGACAGUCUCAAUGAGACAGCAACCGGAACACAGAUGUAGGUAGAAAUGAAAUGUGUGUGUGUGUGUGUGACCGUGUGUGAGAGUGAGCAAACUGAAGUGAAGCCUCGUAAAGCCUCAUUUCUGCAUAUCGCUAAACUACUUCACAGAAACCAGCAUAAUUAAUAUGUUGCUACGGUUACCACCCCUCGUUAGUUUUAAUGUAAUUUUACUGUGAGAAUGAGAAAACUAGUGGUGUGAUUAUGUAGGAUCUGAAACAGUGCUUUGUAAAUUAAGGCCAUUGAUGAAAAUAUUUACCACCCCCACCCCCCCCAAAAAAAAAACAUCUGUUUUACUAUUUUAUAUUGUAAGAUGCUGGCUGGUUCUUGCCCAGUGUAACCUUUGAUUGUCACUGUAAUAGUUUGCUGUAUGAAGAAUAACGGUGUCAGAGGACAGCAGCGACUGUCUCUAUUUUCAAUGCUAAUAAAUCAAACUGUUUUUCUAUA